GAGACUGUCUGCGAUAAUUACUUAUUUUAAAAAAUGACAUUACAAAUAUAGUUUUUUACAUUUACAAAACAUGGAGAGGCUUGAUAUUGUACAUACGUUAAACGAAGAUAAAGGGGAACGAGUAACCAGCAUUUAUGCGGAAAAUUUCUUCUACGAUGAUUCUAGUGAUAUACAAGAAAAAAAGAAAAAAGAAGAAGCAAAAAAAAAGCCAGAGAGCCAUAAGUAUGAACGUCAACAAGAAGAACCAGAUUGGGUUGAUGAAUGGGUAUCUCCGAGUGACUUGCUGAUUGGGAUCUUGGAUUUAAAGCCACCAUUUACGUCAAAAAUAACAAGAGGAGCUGCUCAUGAAGGUAUUCUAGAAAUCGGUGACGAUGUGCUGGACCGAGAGCGAUCUAGAUUCUUGAAGUACAUGCACGAUGUCAUCAAUGACAAUGAUGCCGCCUGGAGUCACAUUUUAGAACAUGAAAAAGCUGCUGUAGCUAAAAAAGUAAAAGCUAUUUAUCACGACAUUCUCACAAACAAAAGUAAAACUUUGAUGAAAGAGAUAAACAUAUUUUAUGAAAAAAGUCUUCAAGAACUCGAAAACCACUUAAGAACCGAAGUGUCAACAGUGCUUCUUGCCGCGCAUUCUAGUAUUAUUAGCGAUUUAAAUAAUGAAAUCAAAGAAAAACUAAACAAAGAAAGAAUUAGCUUGGAAAAAAUAUUACAAGAACGUCACGUUAGUGAAAUCAAUAAAAUCAAACAUUAUUAUAAAAUUCUUCUACAUAAUGAAAUAUAUCGGAAUAGUCAACUAGUUAACCAUGCGGUUCACGAGAGAAAUGAUGCCAUUAAAGCUUUUUACAAUCAAAUUGAAGCUCAGAACACUACAAGCACCAUGUAUGUGAUGUGCACAGAGAGAAAAAAAUGUAAGAUACGCAAAUUUAUUUUAGAUAAUAUACAAAGUACUGAAAUUGCUGAAAAACAACAAAAAAUUAAGGAACGAGACGAUGUUAUAGGAGCUUUUAAAAAGAAAGAAAGACAAAUAUCUGAUAUCAACAAGGAAUGGGAGGAGAAAAUAAAAAAGAUACUGCAAUUAUUUUUAAAAUUUGUAAGUUUUAGUCUGAAACUGCUACCUGAACAAACGACUUUUUUGCUUGAUUUAGAGAAGAUGGUUGUUUUGCAAUUAAAUGAGAUACAAAAGGCGCCCGUAAAGUCGCCAUCUAUUCUCAUAGAUACGGACGAUCUAAACAUAUUAAAAUUUCCUGAACCCCCCGAGCCUAAGGAAACUGAGUGCGAACAACCAUUUGUAAUUGAGGGCAACCUUCUUGAAACUGAUUAUCGACUUCUUUAUGGAAGUAGAGAGACUCUGCCGUCUGAUGUUGACUUACCGUACGUUAGACUUCAAAGAAAGUUUAUUUACGCUAAAUGCGGUCGGAUGGAUGAAGUAAGAGAUUUUCUUGAAUCACAACGUUGCAAAUGUCGGGAUCCUCCCGCUAAGCCGCCAUCGCCUGUCACGUCCAGCGAGCCCUCUACCGUUCAUGUAUCAGAAUCCGCUAGCGCUGAUAAGAGCGACUCGUCUCUCGAACCUCUGCUCAUGGAUGACAUUCGUUUGCUACGUGAAUGUCCUGUAAGGAAUUGUCAAGAUUGGACUAAGAAAUUUAGUUUUCCUUACUUGAACGACUAUUUAGAUUUCUCUGAAGAAAAAUAUCAGAGAGUAAAAACUAUACUUGAACCGACACCUGGAAAAGUAAUUCCUCCUGAACUCGUUGAUCCUAAAGCUAUAGUAACACAAGAUUUGCCUUUUGCGAAAACAAAAGAGCUUUACCAUCAUGUCGAGACACAAUAUUCGAGUCAAGAGGAUCUAGUGACUGACUUUACUUGUCCUUGCAUGGACCACUAUCAGCAGGUUCCGCCCGAACUGUAUCCCAGCGAUGUAAAAGAGUCCCCAAGUGACGAACUCCAAAAAAUACUCUUGAGACGUAAGGUUUCUCUACAACGCAUUAUCAAUAAUAAUCCCAAUUUACUUGGCAUAUUUACUGACGGAGAUUUUGAUUUUACCUACACCAUCAAAUAAUUGAUAAUUAUUUUUAUUGUUAACAUUUUGGCUUUAAUAAAUUAUAUUUAAUUUUC